UUGAUUUUUUAUAAUAUUAACACUACAAAAUCUAUAUCUUGCCAGAGGAUUAUCCAACAGCAGGUUUGGAGCUCCCAAGGAAAUGCCUUGUAUGAAGGGCAGGUAGCCUCCUUAGCUAGAGAAAGAAUACUCAAAGUAUACUACUCAAUACUUUGGCAUUGAUGAUACCUCUCUUUUACUUCCAAGAAUCCAUGAAAUCUUGCUAAAUUUUUGAGACACUCUUCUUUAAGUUUGAAGAGAGACUUCCUCUGGUUUUGAAUUAUGAAGAUACUUUACUAAGAAGAGAUGUGUCAAGACCUAUCAUUCAGAUUCCCCCAGAAAGCAAAGAUUGAUAAGAUCCAACCGAUUGCUCCACAAAAGAGUUCGUUGGAUCUUACACUUUGCUUUGUGGCUCAAGCAAGAUCAACAAAGGAUAGAUUUGAUACUUCCAGAUCUCAGAGCAAAUAUCCUGCAAUUUAUAAGUUUCCUGCAAAAUCCAUGACUGAUAAGCAUUCUGAAGCGCUCAAAACUCCAAAAAAUGUAAGUCCGAGACUCAAAUCAGACAUUUCAACUCAAGACCUCUUAUAAGGGGUUUUGGGGUUUUGGGGUUUUGGGG